CCAGACAACAAACGUCUGGAACUCCCCGACAUCGAAUAAUGAAAGUAAUUGUUGCACACCGUUAGUUAUAUCUCGUUUCCUUCCGACCUAAAAACGAAUUAAAGGAUGUGGUGGCCGCAGUUGUUUACCGAAUUUUUCAGCUCCAACCCGAAUACGGGGAACGACUUUUACGCACCGCAUCAGUUCAAUCGCCGAAUGAUUCAUCGCCAACACGAUCUUUCAGUCGGUGCAAAUUAUACUCAGAAACAAUCAGAUUUUCCCCGUUGCGUAAAAACCGCAGUACGGUGCCGAACUAACAGUACCACUGACAAAGUUUAAUCGGCAAAAAUUUUGAAACAAUACGGAUGAAUGUAUAAAUAUUCAUUUUCGAUUUUAAUGAUUGCAAGUGUGUCAAGUGUUGUCGGUUCAAGUAGAUGGUGAAUGAUGAAUGUGUUGGACAAGUUGAUUUUGGCCCCGGUGGUUGUUUCCGCCCUGGUGAUCGUUCUUGUGUCCGGUGCGGCGCUGAAGAAAAAGGAGACAUUUCCCGAGGUUCCUUCCUUCGAAAGUUUGAAGUUUAUGAAAAAAUUCGGAUAUUUAGUAAGCGGGGAUGAAGACGAAUCAGAAGCUCUUUACACCGAAGACGGGAUCAGUGAAGCCAUAAAGGAGAUGCAGAAAUUCGGCAACCUACCACAAACUGGAAGAUUCGACAACGAAACCCUGAAGCUGUUGACGGCGAAAAGAUGCGGAAACCCGGACAUUCUGCGGGACUCCAAGGGUAGACAAAAGCGUUUCGUCCUGGCCCCGACCAGAUGGGAGAAAAGACAUAUAUCGUAUUUCAUCUCCAAUUGGUCGCCGCGUUUGAGCGAACACUCGGUGGUGAGCAACAUCCAGAAGGCGCUGGACAUUUGGGGCCAAUACGGCCAUCUGAAAUUCACAAGAAGUCCCACACCAGAUGCGGACAUUAACGUCCUCUUUGCACGUGGACAACAUGGAGACCCCUUCGCGUUUGAUGGCGAAGGGUUAAUUUUGGCACACGCCUUCUUUCCCAACGAAGGAACCGGAGGAGACAUACAUUUCGACGACGACGAAAAAUGGUCUGAUGUCAACAAUGGACUAGGAAAUGAACGAGGUACUGACUUUUUCACGGUUGCUCUGCACGAAUUGGGUCACUCCUUAGGUUUGAUGCAUUCCCCUGAUACUGGAUCAAUUAUGUAUCCAUAUUAUCAAGGUUUCGACAAGGAUCAGACUACCUUCUUGGGCUACGAUGACGUCUUAGCCAUGUACGAACACUACAUAAAGAAACCGAUUGAUGACACGGAUCCGUUUGCAAAUCAAGAUCGUACAACCGGAAGGAGUGAGGUCACGACUACUCGUGUUACAACCGAGAGGACAAGACCUACUGAACCUCCAACACGUCCAAAUUAUCCAACGUACAGACCAAAAAGACCAGAAGAGCCACCUUAUAGACCAACGAGACCAAAGGAACCCUCUGAGAGGCCAACGCAUCCAAGUCAUCCAACGUACACACCAACGAGACCAGAGAAGCCCUCUGACAGACCAACGUACACUCCAACAAGACCAGAAAAGCCUUCUAACAGACCAAACCAUCCAACCUACACACCAACAAGACCAGAGGAGCCCUCCGACAGACCAAGGCAUACAAAUCAUCCAACGUACACACCAACAAGGCCAGAAGAGCCUUCUAACAGACCAAACCAUCCAACGUACACACCAACGAGACCAGAGAAGCCCUCUGACAGACCAACAAGACCAGAACAGCCGCCUCCAAAUCGCCCAGUUUACCCAACCUAUCACGGUGACUGUGAAGACAUCGACGACCACUUAAAACACGACCCCACCAUAACCGCCCCCAAGCCGAAACCGCUUCCGGACAUUUGCGAAGGGUACCUGGACACCGUGGCCUCUCUGAGGGACGAAGCGUUCAUUUUCAAGGGCGACUACGUGUGGCGAAUGAGGGGGAUGCGACGAGUGGAGGACGGCUACCCGGUCAGUUUGAGGACCAUGUUCCCCACCCUGCCCAAGUCGGUUGAGAGGAUCGAUGCGGCUUAUCAGCGGCCUGAUGGGAUGAUCAUUUUGUUCACCGACAACAUGUAUUGGGUGUACGAUGGUACGAACUUCAUCGGGGACAAGCCACACCCCAUUAGUGACUACGGCCUGCCCGACUACUUGGAUAAAAUCGACGCAGUCUUCAACUGGGACAGAAACCACAAGACUUAUUUCUUCAAAGAGGACCGGUUCUGGCGCUACGACGAGGAAACCAAGACCAUGGACGAGGGGUAUCCUUUGGGCAUGGAACGGUGGAACGGCGUCCCUUCCCAGUUGGACGCGGCCGUUUCGUGGCGCGGUGAGACAUACUUCUUCCGCGGCGAACAGUUCUGGAGGUUCAACUCCAGAGACAUACGUCUGGCGGAGAACUCGCCUUUACCCAUCGGGGAGGUUUGGUUCGGUUGUCCGGAGAACAUCGAAAGGAUGUCCAGGUUGUACGGCAACAACUGAACUUGUUUGUGGGAUAGGGUUAAAUAAA